AUGACGAAGAAUGUAUUGAUGUUACAUGGGCUUGCGCAGUCAGGUGACUACUUUGCCUCUAAGACAAAGGGGUUUCGCGCCGAAAUGGAAAAGUUAGGAUAUAAACUCUACUAUCCAACAGCACCCAAUGAAUUUCCCCCAGCUGAUGUUCCUGAUUUCUUGGGUGAGGUAAUUGCUGAUGCACCUGGGGAUGGUGAGAAUACCGGUGUGCUUGCGUGGCUAGAGAAUGACCCUUCCACCGGUGGCUAUUUCAUACCGCAGACGACAAUCGACUAUUUACACAAUUAUGUCCUUGAAAAUGGUCCAUUUGCAGGUAUUGUAGGAUUUAGUCAAGGAGCCGGUGUAGCUGGAUACCUAGCAACGGAUUUCAAUGGUUUGUUGGGCCUUACAACAGAAGAACAGCCGCCGCUAGAAUUUUUCAUGGCGGUCAGUGGUUUCAGGUUCCAACCACAACAGUAUCAAGAACAGUACGACCUGCAUCCAAUAUCGGUCCCAUCUCUACAUGUUCAAGGAGAACUUGACACUAUCACAGAGCCGGCCAAAGUGCAAGGCCUAUAUAACUCUUGUACGGAAGACUCUCGCACUUUACUAAUGCACUCUGGGGGCCACUUUGUGCCGAACUCAAGAGGGUUUGUGAGAAAAGUGGCUCAAUGGCUCCAGCAGUUGACCUGA